AUGUCUGCUGACGAUGCGCAGGUCGCUACCGAUGCCAGACCCGGAGUGGCCAAAAUUGUCGGGAGCAGCACCGAUGGCGAGGUCCUAGCGCCGUACCUCUCGCUGGAAGAACCUCGGCUUGUGCUCGACCUGCGAUCCGAUUCAGCCUUUCAUCAAGCUCAUCUGGUCGGGUCAUACCACAUCUCGCCCAUCCCAGCACUCAGGUCUCGAUACAGCUAUCUUCCGCCACGAAACGUCCCCUUUCUUGUGCUGGCCGACUCUGCCCAGCGAAACGAGGUCGCCGAGGCAUUUGCAUCGACUCCUUCGGCUAGGCUGGUCUUCCUCACAGUUGCGGGCGCCGACAUCGCAGAAUCAUCAGCAACCGGAGGCGUUGACUCCAUUGCAACUUCAGCACGCUUCUUCGAUGUAGCUUUCCGCUUCGGUCUCGCACGCAGCUCGCAAUCCCACCAGCAGCGCAUUAUGAGAAGUGACGCGAAGGACGUAGAGGAAGACAUCCCGGAGCUUCUCUUCCGCCCAUCACAUGCAGUGCGGAGGACAGUGCUCUCACUCGAUGAGCGGCCGCAUCAGUAUGCCUCGCUGAGGGUACUCGAUCUGGGCUGUGGAGCUGCGCGCGACCUAGCAUGGAUCCUGCACGGCUCGCGAACACGCCCGUCUUCAUGCACCUGGACCGGUGUCGGCGUCGACAACUGGAAAGCAGCUCUUAAUCGCGCUCAGCAGCUCAUGGAUGAUCUCUACCUGACCUCAAGCUCGCUGCACGAGGCAAAAGAAACUUUAUUCGCUCCGCGCUGCGAAAAUUUGCUAUGGGCAACGUGUACUGAUGACGGACACCUUCAGCCGCUUACUGGCUCAGGAAAGGGCAAAGCGAUACAGAACGCUGAGGAUCAUCCGGAGAUCUGGGAUGACUUUCGUCAGCUUGGCCUCGCGCCACUUCUCCCGGCAUCGAGCGGUGCCGCCAAACAGGACAUCGAGGCUGGAGAAGAUGCGCAAUUCGACUUAGUCCUUUGCAUUCGCUUCCAUCCUCGUGCUCUCUUACCUCGCUUGUCGGCACUCGUCCGCACUGGAGGCGUGGUCCUGCUAAGCCACUUUGUCACUCUCUCGGAGAGUGAACGCUCAGCAGCGAGACAGGAGCACCCGGAGGCGACGGCCGAUUACGACUCGCCGCCGCACGAAGGGCGUAUCCAACCCGGCGAGGUCGAGCGCCUCGUCCAGACAUGGAACCAGGACGUGGGCACGAGCAGCAAAUGGAUCAUCGAAAGCGAUGUGCUCGAGCCGAUAGAGGACGGAAGGAUCAUCCGCAGUGCUGCUCUUCGUAAGGUCGCUUUGUCAAUAUAG